AUGCCCAAAGCCAUCUGCUGCCCACGUGUGCAUGUGCCCAGCCGGGUGCCGGGUGCAGCCCUGCAGCCCAGUGGGGACAACCAUGCCCAUGAGCUGCUGCGAGAGCACAACCUGGAGAUCCCAGGAGACCAUACUCCCCCAAGGGAGCUGGUCAACCUCAGGAAACAGACAUUCAGUUCGUCAGGCAGGCAAGGGGCAGCUGGCAGUCGGUCCGAGCGGCGGGCGGUUCCGCCGCUCAGCAGCUCUUCUGAGGCGGCGGCUGCAGCGGCUGCGGACACGCGGUCCCUCCGGGAGGCGCAGCGUGGGCCGAGCGGCGGCCGCGAAGUAUUGGGCGGCGGCGGCGGGCGCGGCCCCGAGCUGGUCGCCGUGGGGCCGCGCUCCAGCAACCUCAUGGGCGAGGGCUCCUCCGGCGUGAUGUGGAGCCUAUGGAUGGGGACCCUGAAUGAGAUUGGGGAAUUCUGUGAAUUAGUGGGUCUCAGGGAGAGGCAGAGCAUGGGGCCAGAGCUGCCUGGAAGCUUGUCAAGUGAUCCACUAGGGGAGAUUUGCCUCUUGUCUUCCCUUCCAGGGACUUGGUCUCUAGCCCUGACCAUCCUCACAUUCCUUUGGAGAAGGCUCCUCCUAAGACUCAUGGCGCCUGACUCUGAGGGAGACCUGCUCUCUCCACCAAGGAUCAGACUCCUGGUUUGUGUCCUGAAGCUGCUUCACAUGUUCAUACUUCUGGCUCCUUUGGUGUAACUCAUUGCUGGUGAAAACUUGGCACAUUCCACGUCUCUAUCCAAGUAACUGCUUUGUUUUAAAUUUUGGGACAUCUUAAAAAUCAAGUGUUAAAAUGAGUGUGUGUGUGUGUGUGUGUGUGUGUGUGCGUGUGUGUUUGAAAGAGCAUAUGGGAAAAUCCCUUUCCCUUGGCUAUUGAUAAUUCUUCCGAGGCACCAAAAACACAAUGGCCAUAACUCUCAUCCGUACAAAAAAGUGCCCAGUGCGGCAUUUUCUUAUUUCAUACUUUCUUGCUCUUAAGUGCUCGCUGUUUGGAUCUGAUCUGAUAAUUUUAUUUAAAAAUUGAGUUUUACUGAUGAGUCACAGGGAUGAAAUAUAUGGUGUGGGAAUAUAGGCAAUAAUAAUGUAAUAUCUUUGUAUGAUGAUGAAGGUGGUCAAAAGGUACAAAGUUGCAGUUACAAGGUAAAUGUAGGAAUGUGAUGUACAACUGAUUAAUGUAAUUAACACUGCUAUAUGUUAUAUAUGAAGGUUGUUAGGAGAGCAAAUCCUGAGUUUUCAUUACAAGGAAAAUUUUUUUUCUUUUUCCUUUAUUUUGUAUCUACAUGAGACGAUAGAUGUUCACUAAAUGUAUUGUGGUAAUCAUUUCAUGAUGUAUGUAAGUCAAAUCAUUAUGCUGUACACCUUAAAUCUAUAAAUCUAUAUGGUGCUAUAUGUCAAUUAUAUCAGUAAAACUGAAAAAGUUUUUUAAAUUAAAAAAAUUUAAUAGUUGAGUUUUACUCAGAUUUCACACUUAUUUGAGCUCUUUCUUUGGCCGAGGACUGUGACCUCUGUGGUUGCUUUUCCCACUUCGUAAAGCUGGACCAGAAUAGCGCCUGGUCCCCAUGGUGCUGCAGGGUCUUGUCAGAGACAUCUAUCAUCGUGUCACAAGGGCCACUCCAGAAGACCCUAACACCACAGAAGAUAUGUCACGUGGUUCGUGCAAAGUCCUACACCGUCUGACACCUGGCUGUCCUUUGCACUUCAUCCUCUGCCACUCAGCAGAAGCCUGGUACUCACAAGGUGCUCUGUAAAUGCUUAUUGAGUGAACAUUCCCAGUCUCCUCUGCUCUUUCUGCCACCCACAUUUUUUUUUAAUUGAAGUGUAUUCAGUUUACAAUGUUAUGCCAAUUUAUGGUGUAUAGGAUAAUGUUUAAGUCAUACAUAUGUAUAUAUAUUUGUUUUCACAUUUUCAUUAUAUGUUACUACAAGAUAUUGACUGUGGUUCCCUGUGCUAUACAGUAUAAACUUGUUGAUUAUCUAUUUUAUAGAUAGUAGUUAGUAUCUGCAAAUCCCACAUUCUUAAGAUUCUCUGGCUACAUCAUGUUCUUUCAUGAGUUUGAAUCUUUGAACUAGCUCUUCUGUCUUCCCAUGUUGCUUUAAGAAUCCACAUUUUCCAGUUUCACAAUCGUAAUGUAACAGGGAAAAACAAGUCUGACUCCAUAUUGGACGUUUCUUUUACUUUCACCUUUGUAUUCUAUUACUUUUUCUGCAAGUUAAUCACUAAAGGGAUGUUGCCUGUACACUUAAGUUAUACAUAAUGGCCCAUCCCUGGGAACCCUACCUCCCAGGUAAUGGAUGUUAAGCUAAAAUAUCUUUGUUUAGCUCACAGGAAACAUCCUGACCAGGCCCACCUGUGAAUGCCUGCAGGAAGGAAGAAAUGAACACAUCCCCUCUGGAGGCUGCCUGGAAACAAGAAAUGUUUGACUUUACUCCCUCCUCUUUUAGUAUUGAAGAAUCCUGAAUUCUAACUCAGGCAAGAUGGUUCUUUGGGACACUAGUCCACCAUCUUCUUGGACUGCUGACUUUCUGAAUAAAGUCGCUAUUCCUUGUCCUAACAUCUUGUCUCUCAGCUUAUCAGCCUGACAUGCAGCAAGCAGUAGGAGCUUGGAUUCGGUAACAGUAAAUUAGGUCCAUGUGUUUAUCUUUGAGAUGAAGAAAUUGGAAAAAUUCUGCAAAGCAGUUGGAAGACUGAAAAUGAUGCCAUAGAUAGUCCCAAGACAUCAAGGAAAUUUUGGAUGAUAGGAGACUGAUGGCAUUGGAGCCAGUGAUUUCCAGAUUUUCAGGAUUAAGCACUGAGAGGGAAGGGAUGGGUUUCCCCAGAGAGCCCAUAAACCACCCAGCUUAGAGCAGCAAGGCUGGGAGCGCCAGGGACCAUGCAGAAAGCAUGGUCAGAGGGAAGGACUUUGGGGACUCUGCUAAUGGCUUGCUGAGCUUCCCUUUUGUUCAGCCUGUGUGUGGAAGAGGAGGAGGAUGUGCCUGCAGGCUUUGAGCCCUAGUGAACAGGGACACAGGGAAUCUUGGCUGACUGUGGUUUGCACCAUAUACCAGGAAGCACCAACCCGAUGACUCGGCCCUGCAGGGAACCCCUAAUUCUCCCAGGAGCUGAGGAAGAUUGGGUUAAUCUAUACCUAUGCAGAAGGGAAGAUAUUUAAAAUCUACUAAGUGAAAAAAAUGAGUCACAAAAAUUAUUCACAUAUAGUGCACAUGCACACAUAAUCAUGCACACCCCUUGAAGAAUAGUCACCUCCACACAAACACAGGAGUCAGUAAGUGGACAUUCUCUUACAGGUGCUUUCUUAUUUCUUGUCCUGUGUGAUGGUCCUCUGAUUACUGAGGAGCUGGCUGAUUGUGACUCACCUGGUGGGUUUAUGCUCCAGGAAACUAAUCCCCAGUCCUCUGCCAGCACAUUCCACAUCUCUGUUCCCCAUCCAGGGUGGUUCCAUUCCUGCCCUGCAACCUAUCUGCUUCCUAGGAUGUCUGUGGUUUCUCAAAAGAGUCAAUAGAUUGUUUGUAGGAUAUUUCCAUUUCAUUGAACUUGGUUUGUUGGAAAAAUAUUUGACUGACAAUUGAAUUUUAACUGAAGUAUUACUUGUGUCAGUGAAGGCUUCUUAGGGUUUUUUUCUACUUCUUUAAGGGCCUGCAGAAAGACACUUGGAUUUUCUUUUAAGGCUAAAAAGGACCCAAUCUCAGCCAUCACAUCCUGGCCUCUUCCAGCCUCUGCAUGACCUCUGGCCUGUACUGGUACCGGGGUUCAGACGACAGUCUUUCCUGCCUGGUUCUGGGUCACAGGGGAUACCAGGUUCUGAGGACUCAGCCAGAGUUUCCAAGAAUACCCCUAGGGAGACUGGCACCCAAACAACCAUUUGCCUGACUUGACUGCAGGCCCAGGCUGCCUUCGAGAGCAUCCUCCACUCACAAGAGCCCAUAGGACAACUGCAGGCAUCACUUCCCGGGAACUACUUCUCAGAGGACACAGGGACAACCAGAACGUUAUCCUGCUCCUGUUUUCUAUAAACGGAGCUAAAGUGUUUAAUUCUGGUAAUGAGACCUAAUGGAACUUAAAAGCUUCUGCACAGCAAAGGAAAUCAAUGAAAAAUAAAACCUGAAGAGGAAACCAUGCCUGUUAGGAGCCCAGAAAGUGGAGAUGGAACAAUCAUAAGGUCCUUGGCUCGAGCCAAGUUGAAGUCAUGCAUUGAGGCUCAAUGAGAUAGGACAGGCUGAUGAAGCUGGAAUGGGUCUGUGCUUUCUGCUGGACUCAAACCCACUGCAUGAGAUGAGAUGAUUAUUAUCUGCUGAUAAGAACAAAAAGAAAUGUCACUUGUUUGGAAAAACAAACCUGUAAAAGAAAAUAUGAAGGGGGGGAUUCUUGGGAUGAACAGGUUAGGAAAAUUGGCUUUCAGUUGUUUUCUGUCUGCUCCAUAGCAACGUCCAGCAUCAGAAAAAGCCACAUUUACAAACUUCACAAUUUUCCAAAGAUCUUGGCUCCCUCCAUGCACAUUCCUUCUCAUGCUCCCAGAAACUAAAUCAGAGGGGUUUCACAAGAACAGUUACAAAUUUCAUCCAUAAUGGAGUGUUAGAGGCUUGCAAUUUAUCGCAUCUAAUGCAAAGAUUGUGAAAGAAUUUUUCAGAUUUCCACAUCUUUUAUGUAAGUUGAAUAUAUCCUUUGGUUCUAAGGAAAACAGCUUGUAAAAUGUUUGGGAGCUCUUGGGACAUCAAACAGCUCUUAGAGGAGUGCAUUUUAAUGGUUUACUUGUAAAAGAAUCAGUAAAAGAAGCAGAAACAUGGUUUGAAUUCCUCUGAAUAAUACAAGGUAUUUUUGUAGGCAUCUUUUUUUUCCCCUGAGGGUCUCACAUCUUUGAGUGCUUAUGCUAAAAAUACUCAAAAUAACCCUUAGAUAUACUGACAUGAGAAGACAACAAUACUGUAACACUGUCUUCUUGUUAGACCUGGGGCCAGGGUUCUAGCAGAUGCUGGGUUCAUCAAGAAAUGUGGGGGUGGGGGGAGGGACAGAAACAUCAGUGGAGUCAUGUGUAAUUAAGAUACAGAAGCAGCUGGUCCAGGAGUUUAAGGUUUAAAAGCUUACAAACUCCAAGCAGGUGACAUGAAGACUUGAACUGGGUCCUGGCAAUUAAAAAUGGAGGCUUGAGUUGGGGUGAGCAGCUUGAAAAUAGUAGAGCUCUUCAACUUUAUGCUGAUGAAACAAAAGAGUCUGUGGGAAGCCUAACUUCCUUGGCCAUGGAUUAGAACAUGAGAGUGAGAGUAACUUCUCCUAAAGUCAAAUCGGUAGAAAGUGGGUGGUAUCUAAUUCAAGUCCUGGGCCCCUUUCAUUGUGUUACAUUUGUGUUCAGGGGCUGGCAGGAGACAGUAGAACAGGAGUGAGGAUAGACCGGUCAAGUUUGCGUGACCUUGGGCCAAUGGCAUCACCUUACCUGUGUGAGAUAUCUCAGCUGUGAGACAGUGCAGUAAUGACCACUGACUUGUAGGAUGGACUAUUAAGGCUACAUUAGUUAUCAUCAUAGUGAUGCAUUUUCCUCUCUUAGAUAAUAACUUAACCAAUGAUUAUUGAGUGUCUACUGUUGGCUUCCCCUGGGGAUAUGGCGGUGAGUCAGUGCAGACAUGGGUUCUUCCCUCUUGCAACUUGGAGUCCAGUGGGAGAGACUGACAUUCCUGAAAUGACCACAUCAGGAGGAAAGGGAUAACAGAGCAUCAAGUCCAGGAAUGACUGAGUCUGUGUGUGGAUGAUUCAGAGGCUGGAGACUUAUGGGGAACUAAGGAUAAAGGAGGGUGAAUCUAGACAUGGAGGAACCAAAGGAAGUCAAAGGGAGCUAAGGAUGUGAUGGGGGCCCCACGAGUUUCUGAUCCCAUGACUUUGACCCAGGAGCAUCUACAGGAUGAUUUAGGCUGCCCUGCCUUUGUUCUCAGCCUCUCGGGCCAGUGCUUCUGCCCACUGACUUGCUGCUCUGGAUAUUCACGUCUCACCCCAGUUUCACAGGACUCUUGGGGACUCAGCUCAGCUCCAAUCCCUCCUCUGUAGCUCGACUGUGAGCAUUUGUCUAGAUUCAACAUUUUCCUGUCAGAAUCCACCUGCUGCUGCAUAGUCCCAGCCUGUGCCUUUUUUGUCUCAGUCUUUAUCACUAAGACCACAUCUCAGGCAUCACCUGUGGUUCUGUCUCCUCCCUUCUCUUUACCAGGAAAUGAUACCCAGAACCCUGAAAUACUUGUUUGAGCAAAAUCCUUGUCUGCAUGCAACAGUAACUGACCCUGGCUGAUUAUAUCAAGAAAAGGAAUUUGUUCAAAGGCUGCUAAGUGAUUCAGAGAACCCCUAGGAGGACCAUGGAACAGUGUUUAGACAAUGAUCAGGCACUAGGGAAGCUAAACCACAGGCAAAAGAAGUGCCAGAAUCAGACCCAGGGCUGGUUUGAUGUGACCCCUGUGGCCACAGCUGUCCCACCUGGAGGCCCUGCCUGCCCUGCAGCCUCAGCAAUGCUGGCCACAGUCACAGGGGCCGACCCACUGCUGCUGUCCCCAGGAAUGCAGCCUUGUUGGCACCAGAGCAAAUAGUGAAAAGGAUGGUCGCUUUCCAAGCCCAUCAAAAGUGAGUAUUAUUUAUCAUUUAUAUGCUGGAGAGGAUGUGGAGGAAAGGGAGCCCUCCUACAUUGUUGGUAAUGCAGUUUGGUGCAGCCACUAUGAAAAACAGUAUGGAGAUUCCUAAGACUAAAAAUAGACUUACUAUAUGACCUCACAAUCCCACUCCUGGGCAUAUAUCCAGAGGGAACCCAACUUCAAAAAGACACCUGCACCCCAAUGUUCAUAGCAGCACUAUUUACAAUAGCCAAGACAUGGAAACAGCCUAAAUGUCCAUCGACAGAUGAUUGGAUAAAGAAGAAGUGGUAUAUUUAUACAAUGGAAUACUAUUCAGCCAUAAAAAGGAUAACAUAAUGCCAUUUGCAGCAACAUGGAAGGCCCUGGAGAAUGUCAUUGUAAGUGAAGUAAGCCAGAUGGAGAAAGAAAAUUACCAUAUGACAUCACUCAUAUGUGGAAUCUUAAAAAAAAAAAAACAAAAAGAACAACAACAACAAAAAAAAACAGAA